UGACAGUGACGAUGAUGGAUGGCGGCGACCGCCUGAGCAAGCUGGAGGACAGCGUGCUCGGGCACGUCCUCUCCUUCCUGCCGGCCAGGGAGGCGGCGCGCGCGGCGCUUCUCUCGUCGCGGUGGCGCGGACUCUUCGCCGCCGUCCACACCGUGGCCCUGGAAGAGCCGGAGGCCCCCUUGGAGGAGUGCGACGACAGGUACGACGUCGACAGCUGGAACCGCGGCCCGCCGCCCGAUCCCAACGCGCCGCCGCCCUUCCACUUCGCCGUCAGCAACGCCCUCCUCGCCCGCGGCGGCGCCGCCCCUCUGCGCGCCCUCCGCGUCGGCAUGGAGGACGCGCUCGAGACGGCGUCCGAACCGGGCGUCCAUCCCUCCACGGUGGACCAGUGGGUCGCGUACGCCGUGCGGCAGGCCGCGCCCGAGGGCCUCCGCCUCGACCUCCGCCUCCGCCGCGACCCGCUCUGCCACCGCCCCUACUCCCUCCGCGGCCAAAACCCAGAUGCCGACCAAGAGGAGAGCCCUCCACCAGACACGAUUAGUCGACGUCGGAAGGCAUCCUCCGACACGGGCAUGGGCGAAGAGCCUCAUGCCCGACAGCGGCGGAGAUCGAUCUCAAGCAACGAAGGACGAUCUUCCGAUUUCGACGACAGGCGCUCGCCGUCUACUUCCUCGGACGUGCCUCGUACCCGACGGCGGCGGAGAUCGAUCUCGAGCAACGAAGGACGAUCUUUGCCGAGCCCUCCUUCUUCUUCUUCCUCCGACAAGCCUCAUACGAUCUCGAGAAACCAAGGACGAUCUUUCGAUUCCGACUGCAGGCGCUCGCCGAACCCGCCGUCUUCUUCUUCCUCCGACGACACCCUCCUCCGUCGGAGCCCACCACGCAGGCAGCAUGACGAGAAGGACGCCUACCCUAAUCGUCGUCACAGGCUGCGCACCGUGCCGACGGCGCUCUUCUCCUGCGCCUCGCUGCGAUCGCUCUCGCUCGGCCACUUCCUCCUCGCCCCGCCGGCGGAGGUCAGCCUGCCGUCCCUCGAGACCCUGCUCCUCUCCCACGUCUCCGACCCCGGGGGACGCGUGGAGCGGGUCAUCGCCGGCAGCCCGCGGCUGGCGGACCUGACGCUGGAGGCCUGCAGAGGGGCGGCCGGCCUCCGCGUGCCCCGCAGCGCGCGCCUCCGCAGGCUGGCCCUCCGGUGCUGCCACGGCCUGGCCACCGUCGCCCUCGACGCGUCGGAGCUUGUGGCCUUCGAGUACAGGGGCGCCGUGCCCACCAGCGCGUUCCUGACCAUCGACGGCGGCGGCGGCGUUCCCAACCUCGCGUACUGCAAGGUCGACAUCUGCGGCGCGGAGGUCUCGUCGGAGGAGGAGGUCGCCAGGCUAAGAGAGCUCCUGCUCCUGUUCGAGAGCGCCAAGCGCCUGCACCUGGAAUCAGCUCGCCUCGGUUCAGGCAUGGGCAAGGACGUGCCGCCCGUGCCGUUCCCGACCCUGCCGGACCUCCGCCACCUCGAGCUGAGGGGACGCCUCCCAGACGGCGACGACGACGACACCGCGGCCGUCGCCGGCGCGGUGAGCCGGAUCCUCCGGCACACCCCAAACCUGCAGGCGCUGUCGCUCGUCUUCCAUCCUGAAGAACAUGCUCGGUGGGCGGCAGACAGCUGGUACACUUGCACCCAAGAGGAGCUCCUCGACGCGCACCGGCUCAAGUACAACGGGCAGUCUGUCCUUGCCCCGGCGAGCGCCAUGAUCACUUGCCUGAGCAGCAGCGUGAGGGAGAUCAACCUGGUGCACUACCAGGGGGGCAGGGCGCAGAGGGCGCUGGCCAAGUUCCUGCUCUGCAACGCGCCGGCGAUCGACAGGGUGUGGUGCGAGUUCGCCGAGGGGCCCUUGUGGACGCAGACACAGUUGAUGCGCGAGAUCAAAGGCUGGGUGAUGAACAAGUCGGCAAGCACCCAAUUCCUUUAA